UGGUAUGGUCCAUUACUAGGCCUUGUAAUUCAGGGAGUGUUUUUCUGUAGAUAAUAAGACAAACUUUUACUGUAGCUUGUGGUAUAUCCGUGACUUUAGCGAUAUAGUUGUCAACACUCAUCUGAGAACGUUAACGUUAUUUUCAUACGUAAGAUAUUUACCCUUUGGAUCAUUCCCAAAGGAAAAUAUAUAAGUUUGUAGAGUCCGUUUGUGGGUAACGAUAGUUAACUGCAAGUGGUGUUCGAAUUCUAGCUAGAGAGCUUAUGAUGCCUACGUUGCGGGACAGCACCAUGUCCCACCCUGGCGAGAAUCCUCACCAAGUCCGGGUAAAAGCCUACUACAAAGGGGAUAUCAUGAUCACACACUUCGAGCCCUCCAUUUCCUACGAGGGGCUCAACAACGAGGUGCGAGACAUGUGCACCAUGGACAACGACGCGCUCUUCACAAUGAAGUGGAUCGACGAGGAAGGGGACCCGUGCACUGUGUCAUCUCAGCUGGAGCUGGAGGAAGCCCUGCGUCUCUACGAGCUCAACAAAGACUCCGAGCUGAUUAUUCACGUGUUUCCCUGUAUUCCUGAGAAGCCUGGCAUGCCUUGCCCUGGAGAAGACAAGUCCAUAUACCGGCGUGGGGCCCGCCGCUGGAGGAAGCUCUACUAUGCCAACGGACACGCCUUCCAGGCCAAACGCUUCAAUCGGCGGGCACACUGCGCCAUCUGCACAGACCGCAUCUGGGGCCUGGGCCGACAGGGCUACAAGUGUGUCAACUGCAAGCUACUGGUCCACAAGAAGUGCCACAAGAUGGUGACGGUGGAGUGCGGCAGGCAGAUGAUCCAGGAGCCCAUCAUGCCUCCAAUGGAUCAGGUCUCAGCCCCCUCAGACCAUCCCAAACCAGUCCAUCCACACAAAUACUCCAACGAAAGCCUGAAUCAUGACGGGGAGGAGAAAGAGGCAAUGAGCAGGGAUGCGGGGAAGAGCACGUCCAGUCUGGGUCUGAUAGACUUUGACCUGCUGCGCGUGAUUGGUCGGGGCAGCUACGCCAAAGUGCUGCUAGUGCGGCUAAAGAAGACGGAACGCAUAUACGCCAUGAAGGUGGUGAAGAAGGAGCUGGUCAACGACGAUGAGGACAUUGACUGGGUCCAGACAGAGAAGCAUGUCUUUGAACAGGCCUCCAACCACCCCUUUCUCGUGGGACUGCAUUCUUGUUUCCAGACGGAGAGCAGGCUCUUCUUCGUGAUUGAGUACGUGAACGGCGGUGACCUGAUGUUCCACAUGCAGCGGCAGCGCAAACUCCCUGAGGAGCACGCCAGAUUUUACUCAGCAGAAAUCAGCCUGGCCUUAAAUUACCUCCACGAGCGUGGCAUCAUCUACAGAGACCUGAAACUUGACAACGUGCUGCUAGAGUCUGAGGGACACAUCAAACUCACUGACUACGGCAUGUGCAAGGAGGGGUUGAGGCCAGGAGACACGACCAGCACCUUCUGUGGGACCCCCAACUACAUCGCCCCUGAAAUCUUAAGGGGAGAAGACUACGGCUUCAGUGUAGACUGGUGGGCUCUUGGAGUUCUCAUGUUUGAAAUGAUGGCUGGAAGGUCACCUUUUGAUAUUGUGGGCAGCUCGGACAACCCCGAUCAAAACACAGAAGACUAUCUUUUCCAAGUUAUAUUGGAGAAACAGAUCCGUAUCCCUCGCUCGUUAUCGGUCAAGGCGGCCAGCGUCCUAAAAGGCUUCCUGAACAAGGAUCCCAAGGAGCGCCUAGGCUGCCACCCUCAGACGGGCUUUGCUGACAUCAUGGGCCACCCCUUCUUCAGAAACGUGGACUGGGACCUUAUGGAGCAGAAACAAGUAGUGCCACCAUUUAAGCCCAACAUUUCUGGCGAGUUCGGACUGGAUAACUUUGAUGUCCAGUUCACCAAUGAGCCCAUUCAGCUAACUCCAGAUGAUGAUGACGCUGUAAAGAAAAUUGACCAGUCUGAGUUUGAGGGCUUCGAGUAUAUCAACCCUCUCCUGAUGUCGGCCGAAGAGUGCGUGUGAGCGCCUGUAAACGCCGCUCUCGGCUGCCCGGUUGCCUUUCGUUCAACACUGCAUGGUUAAAUGUGCACCGACAUACCUGCGAACACGCGUACAAACACUAAACCAAACAAAACCCAGAUGAUCUUCAUCCUACUGCUGACGGAGCCGCUGUGUGCUCCAAGACGCUAAUUGCCAAACCAAUCUCACUCUGCCAUUUAUAACCACUAGUCCUUAAGUCUACUCUUUGUUUUUUUUUGUUUUUGUCUGUCUCUUAAUUAUUUUUGUAUCAUGUAAAGCCGCACUGAUAUCAGCGUAUUUAUCGGUGCCAUCUCUCAAGGGCCGUCUGUGGGCUAAAGGUCAGUGGUGACGAGGGGUAGACAGGAGGAAGCACAGUUGUCUCUUCCCCGGCUCCCGUACCGCUGGUGUGAUGACGAAGAUUUUAUGUGUACAUAUCUGUAAGAAAGCGAGUGAACAUAUAGUGAAGUUGGCAGGGCCCUUUAAAUAAAAUACUAAGAGUAACACUGUUCAUGAGGGGCAUGUUUUGAACACUCUUAAUUACCUCUUCUACAACCACGACUGCUUCGCGCAGGGGGGAAAUGCAAAAAAAACAACAACACUAGCCUUUGUUUACGCUUAACCUUCUCUGUCAUUUUCUUUUUGUCCCCUCCCUCAGCCUAUUUAAUGAGAGAGCGGUAUGGAAAAAUGUACAAAGUGUUUUUAUAAAGCCAGGCUUCCUGUCCGUGCCAGAGAGAGGGGGAGCCCCUGUAUGGUCUGUUAGCAGAUGUAGUGAAGACAGGGGGGGCCACUUCUGAGCCCAGCCACCUGGUGGGAGGGAAGUACAUUAAAAGCCCAGGAACAUUAACAAUAAUGUAAAUACUGACAAACUGUGAAUGGAGAGAUUUUUCUGAAAAGAAAGGGGAGGGGAGGAAAGAGGAGUGUGCUGUGAUGCAGGCCCCCACCCCCACCCCUAAACUAUGACAGAAAAAGACCAUCCAUGCAACGUUACCUUUUACACAGGACCAAAAAAAGAAAAUAUCUAAUGCUAGGAAAGAACAGGACGUCCUUGGUGGUACUCUUGGUAGAUGUAAACUGUAGAACGUUGUGCCGUUUCAAGAUUAAUCAUAGAGAUCCUUGAAAAUUUUUUUUUUAAUAUUUUAAUUCUUUGUAUUGCCUUUCUGAUAUUGUUUUUUUUGGUUGCUCUGUUCUUUCUAUGUUUUAUUUUUGUAUGAUCACCACUAUUGGUCUAUUGAUAUUUUUUUUUAUUUUUUUUGUCAUUGUUCCUUUAAAUUACUGUUAAAUAACUGAAGAAAAGAAAGCUAUUGAAGAUGUUUGUUCUCGACACAACACCCAUGUCAGAUGUGCGCUUUCUUCUGGGACAUCUCUUGCCCCGACCCCCGACCUAUACACACACCCUUCCUCACACACCCUUUCCAACACCCUUCUCUCACACUGAUCCCCACCCCUCUCUGUUACACUCACCUGACACGAUGCUUUGGAUUUGUUGUUUUUGUUUUUAAACAACCUAUAUGUUUUUUUUUAUUUUUUUUUUUAUCUAAAUGAUAAUGAGCUGACCUUACAAUUUCAGCAGGCCUUUAAAAGAUCAAUGACCAAACACUGGUAGACGUACCGAUCUGUGGAGACGCUCACAUGCACACACAAAUACACACUCCCUCCCUCAUUCCACGCCGGGCUGGCGUUCACACGCCUGUAUAUGCUCACGCUGGUUCCCCAGUGCGACGGACUCAUUGGCACCCUUGUGUUAGAAAUGAUUCGAUUAUUCAGAGCCCUUCUGACAUUCCUGGAGUGAUUGGUGCACCAGCCAGCAACUGUGGGCAUAAAACAAAGUAUUAGGAGAGGAUGGUGGUAAUACACAAAACUCACAAAUGCCAUUUGCUUUUUUUUUUCAUUUGUCUGUCUUCAGGUGAAGCACUCUGUGAAAAGCACAUUACUGACUUUAAAACUUUAUGAAUUUAUUUUACCUAUCAAGAUUUAGUUGAAGCAUUUAAGUGAAAAAUCCUGUUCAAUCAUGGGAAAGAGUUUGUGCAAAAAUGGUUGAGAGCUAAAGGUUACUGAAAACUUUGUGUUGAGAUGAUGUCUACAGAUGACUACGCCACCACUUCAAUGUCCUAUUUUGUUAUUCAGUGAAAUGUCUGUCUGAAGCAGAAAUGAUAUUCAAAAUAAAAAAGAAGACUACU